AUGGAAAUUGAUGGCUAUAAUGUUAAUGCAAAAGAUGUUGGGGCAGGUGAACAAGAUCUUCCUGAUUUUCCAGGCAUCAAAUGGUAUUCAGAAAAUGUGCGUGAGAACCAAUACUUUCUUCAAAUUGUAAAAUGUAGACAUACAGAAUGCUGUCGUCCAAGAAGUGGCCUAUUUAGAUUACUAGACAAUAGGUUUCUUCCACUACCUGUAAAAGUAAAACAAACAGUUGACGACUUGGUUUUGGAUGAAGGAGGGCAAUUUCUUAAUCUUCCAGUCAGUUUAGCUCUACGCUUAAGUGCUUCACUCAAACAUUUCCUGCAAAUGCCCUACGAUUAUUUUUGUCCGAUGGGACUUGGCAACUGGGGGAAGAUAAUCGGUGGAGGUUUCAGUCGCCUCAAUUACGACUACUUGGUGUUUCCCAAACGUCCUUCGCAGACCUUCGACGACUACGGUCAUCUACGAUUUGGAAAAAAGAACGACUUGAUCGACGACUACGACCAUAUGCGAUUCGGCAAACGUAACGACAUGUUCGAUGACUACGAUCAUCUUCGAUUCGGCAAGAAGGACCAGUUCUUCGACGACUAUGGUCACAUGCGGUACGGAAGAGGACAUGAUGACUCGUGAUAUUCUAAGAUAACGAAAGGAUUUUGAGUUGUAUUGUAAUAAAUCUUUGUCAAUAAAGGUCUGAAAAGAACAGCUGCGUAUUUUAGGCUUUGUGUGAACGCAAAUACAUUUAACGAUCCUUGAUGUGCCCUG